CUUUGACUGGAGACCGACGAGGAGAGAGGCGGACGGUAACAGCAUCCUUUGCUGUUAUUCAGCCAUCACACAUCUCAAUGAACUGCUCGCACAGAAGCCACUGAUCCGUGCCUCCUGCUUUUUGCAGGGCAGAGAUACUGAUCAGUGUCUAAAGACUGCAUCCCUUUUUUUUUUUUUCAUAUGAAAUUAUUUUUUCAUAGACUUUUUUUUAUUUCAAGGUCUCUGUAUCUCUUUCCACCAUGGUGCUAGGAAAGGUAAAGAGCUUCACAGUGAGCUACGACUGUCUCAAUGACAGCAAUGUUCCCGUCUUCUCCAGCGGGGACUGCGUCUCAGGGAGGGUGAUCAUCGAAGUCACCGGAGAAAUCCGCGUGAAAUCCCUCAAAAUCCACGCAAAAGGAUUUGCGAAAGUUCGUUGGACUGAAUCUAGAAACGCUGGAUCCAACACUGCCUACACGCAAAACUACACAGAAGAAGUGGAAUAUCUAAAUCACAAAGAUAUUUUGAUUGGGCACGAGAGAGACGAUGACAACUCUGAGGAAGGACUCACCACUAUCCAUUCAGGAAGACAUGAGUAUGCAUUCAGCCUCGAGCUUCCACAGACACCUCUGGCUACCUCUUUCGAAGGGAAGCAUGGCAGUGUGCGCUAUUGGGUAAAGGCAGAACUCCACAGGCCAUGGCUCCUGCCCAUGAAGACCAAGAAGGAAUUCACAGUCUUUGAGCACAUUGACAUCAACACUCCAUUAUUGCUGUCACCACAGGCCGGCACGAAAGACAAGACGCUUUGCUGUUGGUUCUGCACCUCAGGUCCUAUUUCCCUAAGUGCCAAAAUAGAAAGGAAGGGAUACACCCCAGGAGAGUCGAUCCAGAUCUUUGCCGAGAUUGAGAACUGCUCAUCCCGCAUGGUGGUGCCAAAGGCAGCCAUCUACCAGACCCAAACCUUCUAUGCCAAAGGGAAGAUGAAGGAGGUCAAGCAGCUGGUGGCCAACCUGCGGGGAGAGUCUCUGUCCUCGGGCAAAACGGAGACCUGGAGCGGCAAGAUGCUGAAGAUCCCACCUGUCUCACCUUCCAUCCUGGACUGCAGCAUUAUCAGAGUGGAGUACUCUCUUAUGGUUUACGUGGACAUACCCGGGGCAAUAAACCUGUCCCUGAACCUGCCCCUGGUCAUCGGGACAAUCCCUCUCCACCCCUUCGGCUCCCGUACCUCCAGUGUCAGCAGCCAGUGCAGCAUGAGCUGGCUGGGCAUGGGUCUGCCUGAGAGGCCUGAAGCUCCCCCAAGCUAUGCAGAGAUUGUGACAGAAGCGCAGAGGCAGAGUAGUCUGGAUGUCCCAGCAGCCCGCGAGGAGCUGGACGGACCUCUCUUCGCCUACAUUCACGAGUUCCGCUUCCAGCCUCCUCCUCUGUACUCUGAGAUCGAUCCUAAUCCAGAUCAUGCAAGACGCACAGAGGAGCACAGGCUCGACGCCUGUCCAUCACGCUGAAGGGUUUUCCUGAAAGUCCCCCGACCUACUUGGGGAUAUCUAAAGAAACCUGCUGGCAAGGCUCAGCUUUGUUUAUUUUUCUCCAACAACAAAGUUCACACAACGCUGUUGACAUCAAGAGAAAUACAAAGUAUCCAACCAACCAACAAAGACUUGGACAAUUACCUACAGUUGCGUUGGGUUGGACAAAUCUGUUCCUGCCUUCCCUCAGCGAGAGAAACAGGAGCCACUAGUUUGGGGCAUCGCUUCCUUCCUGUGUCAGCCUGCUGAGGGUGGGAGGCAUACAGAUGAACACAUAUUCAGUCUGUAUGAAUAACCCCGCUGGUAGCGAGAGCCCUGGUGAUAGUAUUGACAAUGAAGAAUCAGCAAGGCUCGGCCUGCCAGCUUCCCUUUAACUCUUGAUUCUUCUGUACUCGUGGCACAUACGGACAUGGCUCCUCACACAAAAGAGGACUGAUCAUGUCCCGUCUUCAGCAGAAUCACCGAAAGAAAACUCGACAAAAAGAGAAAAAUAAUGUUCUAACCACCACAGUCUGUAUGAAUGAGAGCAUUCGGCAGUCA